CAACUUGGAUUCCAAAUGAAAUCAUUGAUAGAUUAGUUCGUAGAGAGAAGCAAACAACUGUUGGUGUUGUGAGAAGAGAGGAAGCUCAACAGGAGGGGCUUCAGAGUUGACAGCGUGAACAUAAAUGUAGCUAGAUGUCACUCAACGAAAUCACACCUUUGGAGCUCGCUGUCGUCUGCAGGUGGUUUGAAUUUAGAUUUCUGUAGUUCUGCUUUUCAUUUUUAGAAGUGGCCAGCCAGAAAGUGCAAAUGCAUGUUAUGUGUCAUUUUUAGAUGAACACUUGGUGCCUGGAAACGUAUUAGAGGUGGAAAAGCUAUGCUGAUGUGACAGAUGUCUCAACAUCCGCACAGGAAGCUGGAGAGAGGGAGGGAGAGCGCACAAGUGGGAAAACAGCCAUUUAAUCAGCCUUUGAAUAAAAAGAAGAGUGAACAGAGUGCCGUUGCCAGUGACCAGGUGAAACGAAUACUAAAUCAGCAUAUUCGCAAGAAGCUGAUCAGGAAAUCUGAAAGUCGGGAUCCACAACAGCUGCGUGCAUCCAACACACCUGACUCUUAUUUUGAGGAAGACAAUCCAUUAAGAAGAACAGCCUCAGAGCCAAUUCUAAAGCUGCGACCAAAGAGAAGUGUAAACUCGAGAAAGAACCCACUGCAGUGUAAAACCAGUGCGCCCCCUGCUGUCAGAUCCUCUGAAUUUAUGGAGGUAUCUUCCAGUUCUGCUUCAGAGUCCAGGAGAAGUUUAUCACCAGAUAAAAGGAUGAGCCAUCAAGAGCCACAGACCUAUAGCGCAUCAUCAUACAAGGGUGAAUCUCCUCUACACAUUGGCGUUCAGAACCCCAUCCUCUUGUCUGGAUGUUCUACCGCUCAUUUACAGCCACUGAGCACACCGGUCUUUACCUUUCAUCCACAUAAUUUUCUUACAGUCCCACUCCCAGAACAUUGUGUAGUGAUGUCACAUAGGCCUUUGUGCAAAACCCAGUCGGAACCUUCUUUUAUUCACCAUUAUACGCACAUACACACUCAGACUCUUAUGGUUCCACACCCCAUGUACCAUCAGCAGAGGCCACAGGAUACAUUCCAACAACACGCUCCAAAAAAGGUACCUGUUCACUCAUUGUGGCCUGUGUCUUCUGGAGAGCUGGAAAGGGACAGAGAGAGAGCGAGAGAAGCAGUAAGCGUUUCAUCUCAAGCCCCGCUUGAUAACUGUUGCAGUAAUACCCCGGGAGAACUGCACAGUAAAGAAUAUUGGGAUUGGCAAAACAAAAAAUACCACCGGAAACUUGAACGUGUGCAAUCCUCUCCAGACACCUUUGAAAUAAAUCUGCCUUCACAUUUAACCUCGCCUCUUGCCCGGAAUGUAAGGAGCAAACCAAAAUACACCACAGGUUUGGUGUAUGACUCUCGUAUGCUGAAUCGUGUGUGUGACUGUGGAGAUAUCAGCUUUCACCGUGAACAUGGUAACAGAAUUAGAAGUAUCUGGUCAAGAUUGCAGCAGUGUGGCCUCAGGGACCAGUGUGAGUGGGUUAAAGGCAGGCUGGCCACUUUUGAGGAACUACUGUCAGUUCAUUCAGGGCAACAUAGUUUUCUUCAUUCUGGGCUCUUAAAAACCAAAUCAAAUAGUUCCUGCAGUACAGCAGCACUGAAUAUGGCAUUCGGCAGUGUGAUCGAGCUGGCUCUGCAUGUGGCUAGAGGAGAGCUAAGGAAUGGGUUUGCUUUGGUCACCCCUUCAGGAUACCAUGCAUCACAUUCUCAAACAAAUGGCUCCUGUAUGUUUAAUUCUGUGGCCAUUGCGGCUAAACAGCUUCAGGACCGAAUAAAGGUUAAAAAGAUCCUUAUAGUCGACUGGGGUCUUCAUCAUGAUAAUGGAACUGAGGAGAUAUUCUACACCGAUCCUAAUGUCCUCUAUAUAUCCCUGCAUCACUAUGACAAUGGUUCUUCAUUCUAUGGUACUGGAGGACCAUCCAUGAUAGGAUCUGAUAAAGGGGAAGGCUAUAAUGUAAAUGUGGCGUGGUCAGGAGGGCUGAGUCUUCCAAUGGGAGAUGCAGAAUACCUAGCUGCAUUCAGAACCGUAGUUAUGCCUAUUGCUCAUGAGUUUUCCCCAAAUGUGGUGCUGGUUUCAGCUGGUUUUGAUGCUGCAAAGGGUCACUCAGAUUCUCUGGGUGGAUACAUGGUCUCAGCAAAAUGUUUCGGGUUCUUGACCCGAAAAUUAAUGGAGUUGGCUGAAGGUCGAGUGGUGUUGGUGUUAGAGGGAGGUUAUGACCUCAUAUCCCUCUGCGAUGCAUCUCAAGCCUGUGUCAGUGCUCUCGUGGGAAAUGAGCCUGAGCCUUUAGCUGAGGAGGAAUUACAGAGGAUUCCCUGUGCCAACGCGAUCGAAUCUCUGGAGACGGUACUGCGUGCUCAGAGCAGGUACUGGCGUUCAGCGAGCUCAAUGCUGAAGACUGUGUCUCUGUCUUAUGUAAAAGGAGAGAGGAGAUACUCGGCAGGCACUGAAGCUGCUUUAGUCCUUGGUGGCCUUACUAUGAAAGUUCCAAACAGAAGCCGUUUCCCAAAUGAGCCAAUGGAGCAUGAUGAAGAUGAUUCAAUGUAGAAGUCUUACUCCUUUUCUGGGAGACUUCAUUCCUCUCCAAGCAGAAGCUGGACAUCCUGUGCUUUAACUGACUGAAGCUACUGUAAUAUUACUGUGUGAGACAGGAGACCAUCCUUAGGAACUGAGAUCAACAAAAGAACUUUACUGUCAUAAUCACAUCUAGUGUGUGAUUUAUUCAAAUGCUGACUCGUGUUUUUGAUUUUGGAAUUAUAGAUUGCACAUGAAGCCUCUGAGAAAUGUCAAACAAGGAUAUCUUAGUGCAAAUUUAUGAGAAAAAUUAAGUGAAAUGUUUUCACAGGUCUUAUCCAGAAUUUUUUUUAUAGGAGUUUGA